AUGCCCACCAAUGCAUCCCCCGACGCGGAUCCGCUUCCUUCUACCGCAAAUGCCACAACCCACAACGGACCCAGAAACGGACAGACGGCGGAGGGUGACUUUCCGCCGGAAGAAUCAAAUAUUUGGACAACAAAGGAAAUGCGCGUGUUGAAAAAGCAUGUACAGCCCUACAAAGAUACAUCAAAGUCAUCCAAAGCAGACUACAUACAGAACACUGUCAUACCUGAGCUGCAAGCUACAUGGGAUCACAGAUACUCUAGACGUGCUAGGAAGGAAGAUAAGCAACUACACAAAGAAUGGAAGGUGAAGAAGCAUCGAAUAUUUAAUUGGUUUAGAAACCAUGCGUCAAAUCAAAUUGGUGUAAAAUUGGAAGGAUUGAACUCCCGUAUAACCUUUCAGACGGUAUUCCGUGAGGAGAAGUCGGCAGAGAUUGACUCCGAGGUUGCGCUUCUAUCAGGGAAUGCUGCUCGUGGAAGUAAAGAUUGGAUGAAGUUUUAUCAACAAGGACGUAAGCAGGUUGAGGCCAGAUUGACUCAGGAGGAGCGGGACAGGUUCAUGGAGAUCCUCGAGGAAUGGAAUAAGAAAGGUGUUUCAAAAUCAAUGAAGGCAAAGACUGCUGCCAGGCAAGGCAGAAAAAUACUUCGACAAAUAGAGAAACUUAAGUGGCAGAGAAUGGGUAUGAGGUCCAUUACCUUUGAGGGGCAUUAUGAUAUUGAGGGUAAAAUCGAAUACUCAAUGACCCAGACAAGCGAUCUAGCACUCGACGAUGUCAGAAUUCCUUCCUUUGGGCAACUCUUUCCAUCCGAGUUGGCCGCUUUUCGCAGAGCGUUUGUUCAAUACCUCGUCCACAUUUCAGAAAUAGAGAAGGGUGUGGCCAAUCCAGCACUGCCAGAUGCAUCGUUUCAUGAAAAAUCCCUCAAGUUUAGCAGCAAUGGAUUUCCAAUAGUACCUAGUCCUAUCUAUGGCUCAACUGGGAGAGAAGUCGCUUAUGCACAAAAGUCAAUUAUUAGAAUUUACAUGAACAAGGUUUAUGCUUUAGCCAAGGACAGGCCUGGUUCAAGUGUUCCUUGGGAUGCUCUUGAAAGGCGUUCUGCAGAAAUGAUUGAUCCAGAGUAUUGGCCAAGUUCAAUCCCCGUGACGGAUCCGAGCCGGCUCCGCCUGGAGUCAACCUCUGCAAUUCUCAAGCUAUGGAGGGACCGUCAAGCCCAAGGAGACAUCCCCUUUAAAUUUUCAAAGGGUUUUGGAAAUGGCUAUGAUAUUAUGGAACCUCUCUAUCCGUCCAACUUGUUUGACGGCCUAGAAGCCCACCCGAUACCUCCACCUCCUGCAGCAAUAACCAAACGUCGCCUGAGGCAAAAAGCUAUAUGA